UUUAUAUUCCAGUUCAUCAACUUUUAUUCAUCCAUUUUCUACAUCGCCUUCUUUAAGGGCAGAUUCGUAGGCACUCCGGCCCGGUAUGGCUCACUACUGGGCCUUAGGAAUGAGGAGUGCAGUAAUUACGGGUGUCUUAUGGAACUGACCCAACAGUUGGCGAUAAUAAUGAUCGGAAAGCAAGUGAUAAACAACGCCCGGGAGAUACUGGUGCCCAAA